GAUAAAUGCAGUUCCCGGUGAAAAUAGAUAAAUGCCACUGCUCAUGUGUUUUCUACACAUUUCAAUAGACGCAACCGCAUUGACUGGACACAAACGCUGACGGGACGGCCGCGGUUUUUUGUCACGAUGGUUCCCCGCGGGAUACUCCUGUGCUUUUGUGUCAUCCUUGCUACGGCUUCUGCCAACACCUUCGGAGCCGGCAUGAAGAUCCUCGGAAGGAUGUACGACAACUGUGAGAGGUCGCAAGAGAUCAUCAAGUGUUUCAAGAUCCAAGCAGUGAAGUUGGUAGAUCGUGCCGCCAGAAUGGAGACGCUGCCGAUCUUCGACGGCGUUUCCUUAGUACGGAAUGCGGAACAAGGCAGAGCAUUCCCCUCUUCUGUACCAGAAGGCGAUUUGAAUUCUUUGACUUCAGACGAAGUUGACAAACUAUUGAAUCUGGCGUCAUCGAAGCUGAUCCAGACGCAUCGGGUCAUCUUGUCACCCAAGAGCAUCGGGGUCGACAUUGGCAGAUCAUUAAACGAGGCGAGAGGCAAGCUGAAGAAAAUGAUGGGUCCAAUAUUGGCUGGUGUUGCGAUUAAAGGCACAUUUGUGGCCAUGGCAUUCCAAGCAAUCGCUCUGAUCGCUGGUAAAGCAUUGUUAAUAGGUAAGAUCGCCCUCCUUUUGUCCGCUAUUAUUGGAUUGAAGAAACUGGUGGCUGGAGGAGAAGCGCAUGAGAAAACAACGUACGAGAUCGUCAAGCAUCCUCAGGUAUCACAAAGUCAUACAUACUCGUCAUCCCAUUAUGGAAAUGACUUCGAUACCACAGGUCCAGGUGGCCAUUACAGGCGAAGCGUUGAAGAGGAAGCUGCCGCUCAAGACAGGGCGUACAGAGCCUAUGCUAAAACGCAGUAAAGAAGUAACCUUAAAGAUCUAAGACCCAGAAGAUCGCUUACGACUCCCUUUACAAAAUCAGACAACGACACGGCAUUUCCAUUCAUUAUUACCUCCGAAGCCUUAAGGCUACUUUGCACUCGCAAGUAGGAGACAGUGUAUAUUUAAGGUUAUUUAAUUCAUACGACACUUAAUUUAUUUUAGACAAGGGUUUAUUUAACUUAAUACGUUUUCAAAUACGU